UCCAAGUCCCAGUGUGCACUGCGUCGCCAGGGUCGCUACCAUGACGCAUCUCCUCCUCUGACGAGGCUUACUAUCUGCUAACCUUGAGGAGAUGUUGGCUCCCCGUGGGUCAGCGUUGAAGAAGCAGCAGCGAGGUUUUAGGCAAGCGAGGCUUUUGGGAAGCUGAAUAUGUGGCUGAAUACGUGCUCUAAAGCUGUCCGCCUGACUGUUAGCUUCCCGGGGCUAGGGCGCUAAAGCUAGCUAAGUGAGUGGACCGAGUCGUUACCAGUUUGAAGCUCUUGCAAGGGGAAGUUACACUUGAAUUUUACACUGAAUUUAAAGCUGGCCAGAGUGAGGAGACGUUGACGGGACAUUAUCCAAAAGUGUGACACCAGAGUCCGGCCGCAUCACAUUUUAGGCCACAAAUGAAGAUGAAGGCUGUUGUGAGAAAGUAGAAGGAAGGAGCAGUCACCGGGGUCAUGAAUCUUCAUCAGGUCCUCACAGGGGCCGUUAACCCCGGGGACAAUUGUUUCUCUGUAGGGAGCGUCAACAAUGUACCGUUCACGGCGUAUGCUUCCGGUUGCGACGUGGUCGUUUUGGGCAGUGAUUUUGAGCGAGUGCAGAUCAUUCCAGGGGCCAAACAUGGAAAUAUCCAGGUGGGAUGUGUGGACUGCUCGCUGCGGGGAGGACAGAUUGCAGCUUCCUAUGGGAGCAUUGUAUGCAUUUUUGAGCCAGUUCGGCGUCAGGAUCAAAAAGGCACAUCACUGAGAAAUUUGAACUGCCAAUGGCAGAAGACUGGCCAGUUUGUUUUGCAGACGAUGGUGCGCAACCUGGCAUGGCACCCCAAAGGGAAGAUGCUAUUAACAGGCUCCAGUUGCCUGCAGUUAUGGUCUCAUUUUGAUGGAGGGAACGAUGCUGAAGGAGGAAAACGGGCAGAAAUAAGAGACUGCCAUUGUACUUGGGGAUGUAUCUGGCAAAGCAAGACAGCCUCGCCAGUCAAUUUAAUGAAGUUUUCUCCUGAUGGAGAAUUCUUUGCUACUGCUGGGCAGGAUGACUGUCUUAUAAAGGUGUGGUACAGCACCAAUAAGUGGAAGUCUGGAGGUUUCCGACUUUUCACGCCGCCAGAGUCCAGCGUCGACUUUCAGGGAGAGCUCGCCUUUUCCUUCGUGUACCUGGCCCAUCCACGUUCUGUUAUUGGCUUCUCUUGGAGGAAGACCAGCAAGUACUUGCCACGAGGCUCCGUGUGUAAUGUCCUCCUCACCAGCUGUAAGGACAGCGUGUGUCGACUCUGGGCGGAGACGCUGUUGCCGGGUGACAGUCUUUUAUCGGGUCACCAUGGUAACCAACACAGUGAUGCUCAAAGAUGUGACAGCUCUUCCGCACAUUGCAAUGGAAGAAUGCAAGCAGGAACAUCACAGGAAUCUCCUUUUUAUCGGGAUGUGGCUCAACCCUCGUUCACGGGCUCCCUGCCCCAUAGUCAAAGCCGACACUACAAUCACAAGAAGAGCAACAGCAACCUUCCCCACGCCAACCCACUCUGUCACUUUCACAUAGCGGCCAGCAUCAACCCUGCAACAGACAUUCCACUGCUACCCUCCAUAUCGUCUCUGAGUGCUGGUGAGGAUGAGGAGCCUGGAGGUCUUUUCACUGUCCAUUGGCUCAACAAUAAAGAGUUUCACUUCACGUUGGCUAUGGAAGUCUUUCUGCAGCAGCUCCGUGGCAGCCUGGAGCAACAGAUGGAAUAUUCACAGCAAGAUCCGGAAAAUGAAGAUAACUCUGAGGAAGAAGAGGCCAGGCCAAGGGACCCUCAAGGACCCGAUGCAACGGACCUCUCCCUUCCGGCAACGGAGCACCAAGUGGACGUGCUUUUGGACGAGUGGAACAAAGGAGCAGACAUGCUGUUCAGCAUCCAUCCUGUAGAUGGCUCCCUGUUGGUUUGGAAUGUGGACUGGCUAGAUGAAUAUCAACCCAGGAUGUUUAGACAAGCUCAGGUGUCGUUCGUGUCCCGUAUCCCUGUGGCGUUUCCUGCAGGGGACGCCAUCUCUCUCAGUCACAGCGUGGUUAUGUAUGCUUGCAACAAGAACGUGGAUUUGGCCAUCCAACACGGCCGACAACGACCACCAGGGAAUGCCUUGUCCCAGACCAAGUCUGCACUUAUAAGUUACGGACAUAAAGGCAAAGCCAGCCCAAGCAGCAGUCUUCGACUGAGCAUUUUCACCCCGAGCGUGCUUAUGAUCUCAAAGCAUGACGACGGCUCCCUCAACCAGUGGGGCGUGAGUUUUGCGGAAGAUUCAGCUUUCUCCACGGUGCUCAGCGUGUCUCACAAGUCGAGGUACUGUGGCCACCGCUUCCACUUAAACGACCUGGCCUGCCACUCUUUGCUGCCUCUGCUCCUCACCACCUCGCACCACAACGCAUUGAGGUCCCCCGAGGCAGACGACAUCCUCGCCCCACCAGAGGUCUUCUCCGGUGCCCAUGGCUCGCGGCCCAGCCGGUUGUCCCUGCCGGGCGUGCCGCAGGAUCCCAAUGCAAUCUACAGUGAGCUGAUUCUGUGGAGGGUCGACCCCGUGGGGCCGCUGUCCCUCUCCGGCGGAGUGUCCGAGUUGGCUCGGAUCAAUUCGCUUCACGCCUCAGCUUUUUCUAACGUAGCUUGGCUUCCCACACUCAUCCCCAGCAUCUGUUUAGGUGCGUAUUGUAACUCUCCCAGCGCCUGCUUUGUCGCAAGUGACGGCCACUCUCUCAGGCUUUAUCAGGCAGUUAUUGAGGCCAAGAAACUCCUUAGCGAGCUCUCCAAUCCUGAGAUAUCGAAAUAUGUCGGCGAGGUGUUCAACAUUGUCAGUCAGCAGUCGACAGCAAAACCGGGGUGCAUCAUUGAACUGGAUGCCGUUACUGACUUUCAGGGGAAGGAGACACAGCUCCUGCAUGUAUUUGAGGAGGAUCUAAUACUCGGCACUGAGAGACCAGACAACUCGCAGGAAAUGACGGAUUCAUCUUGUUCUGCCCAUAACAAGCCCACCUUCGCUGCAAGUUUUUUUCUUGUGGUUGUCGAAUUAAGCCCAAGCGGUCGCUCCCUCCUACAAAUGUGGCAUCUUCAUCUCGCAGCUAAACCCGUCACCAUGGAUGAGACUUUCUCCCCGCAAGACGCCCCCGCAGCCUCUUCAACCAGCUGCUCUCAGUUUAACUUUGAUACGUUGAGUUCGCCGAUAAUUCAGAAGAGUAAACCCUGCACAUCCAAUCUGCAGAGCGCAUGUCGGCUUGGCCUCUCCACACAGAGGCUCUCCAGCCAAGAAUUGCCUCUGCCAGUAGGAGUGGAGGCUAUCAGCGUCACGCCCUCGGCAGGUCAUCUCAGCGCAUCAUGUUCCCUACCAGCAGGCCGCGUGCCGUACCUCCUCGCCACUUCGUGUUCUGAUGGAAGUGUGCGCUUCUGGAGGUGUAAUGUCACGGCAUCUGGGACCUCCGGUAGUGACAAUCUGGUGUAUCAGUGGGAGGAGUGGCCUCUCCUGGUUGAAGAGAAGCUUCCCAAUUGCAGUGCUGUGAGCGUGCCAGGUCGCCCUGUUCAGGUCAGCUGCUGUCACACUGGGCGGAUAGCAGUUGCCUACAGGCAGACAGCACCAGACACGCCUCUGAACUUGACACCUCAGCAAAACUCUGACGCGUUUCUGACUUGCCCUCCCGCCCUGGCCUCUUCACCUUAUUUGUACGACGCCAUCGUAAACCAUCACAUCGCUCCGAGCAUAACUGUGCUGCACAGCCCAAAUGUGUUUCCAGGGCCUUCCCUGGUAAGUGCCAGAGAACAGCUGGUCUACAUCAGCAUCUUCCAGUGUGAAUCCACAGGUGGUUCACAAUGGAUUCUAGAGCAGACUAUAGUCUUGGAUACAACAGAUCGUAGCAACACCACAUCUCCAUGUGACCACAUAGAUUUGUCUUUGCCUGUUGAGCGCUGCCUUGGUUAUACCCAUAGAAGUUUGGUUCACUUAGACUGGGUCUCCCAAGAGGAUGGGUCACAUGUUCUUACCGUAGGCAUCGGAACAAAGAUAUAUAUGUAUGGUCGUCUCUCUGGCAAGCCUCCUGAACUUUGUCUAACAUCUGAUGGCAGUCGAGACCAAAGCUUAUCACGCCUGGUUCUGCUUCGAUCUGUCAACCUCGUCUCUUCUGUUGAAGGCUCACCGCCCAUCCCAGUGUCCCUCUCCUGGGUACGCGAUGGCAUAUUGGUAGUAGGUAUGGACUGUGAGAUGCACGUCUACUCCCAGUGGCAGCCCCCAGCUCCCCCAAAAGCCAAUGGUGCCAUGGACACGGACAUCAGCAGCAGUGUGUCCUCUAUUGUAUCAGCCGUUAGACAAAGCCAAGAAGAUGGGCUCGGUUCUGGGCCUCCCACGUCUUUACUGGCCCCUCCUAAAAAGGCCCUCACAAGGUCAAUGAUGAGUCUGGCUCAGAAGCUCAGUGGCAAGAGAACAGGGUACCACCUUUCUUUGGAGAUGGAAGAUUCUGGACUGUUUGAAGCAGCUCACCAGCUCUUUCCGACACUGCCCCAGUACCACCCAGUCCAAUUGCUGGAGCUAAUGGACCUAGGAAAAGUUCACCGUGCCAAAGCCAUCCUCUCCCACUUGGUGAAAUGCAUAGCUGGGGAAAUCGUGGCUCUUAAAGACAACGCCACCAACGGGGAGAAACGUGUGCGCUCUCGAACCAUCAGUGCGGGAGGAAGCACCGCCAGGGAAAGGAAGAUGUUUGGCAAAGAUGAAAAUUCCACACCGGACUACACAGAGAUCAGCUCCAUUCCUCCUCUUCCUCUCUAUGCCCUUCUUGCAGCAGAUGAGGACACACCCUCAAAACAUGAGAAAGUGGGGAGUGUGAGUGGGGACAGCGGCCACGGAUCCAGUCACACAGAUGCUUACGAUGAGUUAUUUCACACGCCCAGCAUUGCUGACUUGGAUCCUCUGGACCAGGACGUGCAAGAAGAAGCUGGAAACAAGGUCAUUGACUUGUCCCAGUACAGCCCCACAUACUUUGGGCCAGAGCACGCCCAAAUUUUGUCGAGUCAUCUCCUCCAUUCUAGUUUACCGGGCUUAACGCGCAUGGAGCAGAUGUCCCUCAUGGCACUGGCUGACACCAUUGCAACAACCAGCACAGACCUGAAAGACAGCCAGGACAAGAGCAAAGGUGGAGAGACACUGGAUGACUGCGGUCUGAAGUUUUUGCUUGCUGUCAGACUGCACACCUUCCUCUCUACCUCGCUGCCGCCAGCCCACCGAGCGCAGCUGCUCCGACAAGGCCUGUCGACAUGUCACUAUGCCUGGGCUUUUCACUCUGAAGCUGAGGAGGAGCUGCUUCACAUGCUGCCUGCCCUCCACCAGGGGGAGCCCACCUGGCCUGAGCUGCGCUCCAUGGGUGUGGGCUGGUGGCUUCGGAGCACGAACAAGCUUCGCAGAUGCAUUGAGAAGGUUGCCAAGGCCACUUUUCAGAGAAGUAGUGAUCCUUUGGAUGUGGCCAUAUUUUACCUGGCAAUGAAGAAGAAGGCAGUGGUCUGGGGACUGUACAGAUCACAGAAGAACGCCAAGAUGACAGAAUUUUUCCGCAACAACUUCAGUGAAGACCGAUGGAGGAAAGCAGCUCUGAAAAAUGCCUUCUCUCUGUUGGGGAAGCAGCGGUUUCAUCAUUCAGCAGCCUUCUUCCUUUUAGCUGGCUCCCUGAAGGAUGCAGUAGAGGUGUGUUUAGAAAAACUGCAAGACCUUCAGCUGGCUCUUGUGAUAUCCAGAUUAUAUGAGUCAGAGUUUGAGACUGCAUCCACCUACAAAAAGAUCCUCCAGAGACAUGUGCUGGGACACGAUAAACAGAUAGCAAUGCACCAGGAUCCAUUCUUACGAAGCAUGGCUUAUUGGGUGCUGGAGGACUACAGCAAAGCUUUGGACACUCUGCUGGAGCAGACUACCAAUAAAGCACAGUCAGGUGCCACUGAUCCCGGUUCUAUGUCCUCAAGUAAUGCCGAGGUUUUCAACUUCUACACCUACCUCUGUACCCACCCGCUCCUCCUGCGUCGCCAUUUCGGCUCUUGUGACAAGGCGAAAGUCAGCCUGACAGCAGAAGGUCGGAGAGCUGACUCCAUUAGCCUCGAGGAGAGAAGACUCUUUUUCACUGCUGCCUACGCACACCUGCAAGCGGGCUGCCCAAUGCUGGCGCUGGAAGUCCUUUCCAAGAUGCCCAAAGUCCGCAAAAGCUGCAAACUCAACCAGGAGUCCUCCGAGUUGAGUGCCGGGAGUAAAAACGGGCCAAUGUCAAACCAGGACUGGUCUGAGCCUGCGCUGAAUGGCUACGAGUCAGACGGGGGCAGCUUAUCUAACAGCCAGUCCGAUUCGGUGUUGAGUUUCGACUGGAGCCAGCCGUCACUCGUGCAUCCGGAUGAGCCCUUAGAGCUGAAGUGGGACAGCGACAAAGAUGACGAAGACGACGGAGAGGAGGAGGAGGAAACUAAAAAUGGCAAAAACUGUAGACCUCCAGAUAACAGUAACGUGUUCCACGACACGCAAAACCGUUUGGCGCCGCCGAUGGAGGCGGGGACGGACGCGGACAGUGAGGACAACGAGGACACCGGUGACUGCAUUGAGCCUUCCGACGACGUCUUUGUUGCACAGCUGAAGUUUACUGCCUGCCUGAAGAUUCUGACCAAUGAGCUGAGGACACUUUCAACAGGGUAUGAACUGGAUGGAGGAAAACUACGUUACCAGCUCUACCAGUGGUUGGAAAGGGAGGUGGUAACUCUCCAGCACUGUUGCAAUUACAAGCCCCACCUUCCACAGGUGUCUACCCUGGAAGAUGCACAUAUCGGUGGGUUGGUGGAGGAUGAACUGGCCGCAAGCCCUUGCAGCGACACUCAGAGGAGCAGAAGAAAAUGGCUGAAGAGUAACCAGCCCUUACUGAGAAUGUUCCUGAGUUACUGCAGCUUGUAUGGCUCCCAUGGCGGAGGACUGGCUUCCGUUCGCAUGGAGCUCAUUUUACUGCUUCAGGAAUCUCACCAGGACAACUGCAGCCCAUCACCUGUAGCAGCAUGCUCCCAGAACACCUCAAUCCCUCUCCUGAUGGCUUGUACAGCCAACGUGAAAACGGUGGUGGCCAAUCCCAUUGUCUACCUGAACAACCUGACGCAUGACAUCUUGCAGACCAUCAACACGCUCAACUCUCCUCCACAUCCAGAUGUAGUUAACAACGAGAUAUAUGUAAUGCACACUUUGGCUGCCUCCUUGUCUGCCUGUAUAUAUCAGUGUCUAUGUGACGGGCACUACAGUCACAUGAACAACUUCACAGGGAUUGUGUAUCAGAGCAUUUUGCUCUCUCAAAAACAUCCAGCGAGAGCCGCUGGCAUGGAUGGGUCCAUUCAGCCAAACACUUCUCCUGCACAGUGGCCAGGUAUCGCCUCAAUGGUCCGUCUGUUGAGCUCAGCAGGAGAUGAGAGUCAACCGGGCCUCGCCGUGCUGCUCUGUGAGAUCCUGACAGCUGUUUACCUCAGCCUCUUUGUUCACGGCAUGGCCACCCACUCGAGCAACGAGCUCUUUCGCAUCACGGGCCACCCUCUGAGCAGCAAGCUUUGGGUCAAAGUGUUCGGGGGAGGUUUGCGGACCCCCAUCUCUGAGAGAGGCAACAGUCCGGCAAAAACUCCCCCACCAGCUUCGCCUACCAUAAACAUGUCCGAUAAGAAGCCCAGACGGUUCCGGCUCCUCUCGUCACGGAGCGGAUCGAAGGAAGAAUCUAUCGAGAAGGAGCCUCCCUCCAGUCCAAAGCCUGAACAUGUGGUGGACCAGGAAGCCACUUCCAUUUUCAAAGAAUGUUUUGUCCCACCAGCGCUCAGCAUCUGGGAUUACUUUAUCGCUAAGCCAUUUCUGCCACCUUCAGAAAGCAAAGUUCAGUAUGACUCAGAAGAGAGCCCGGGCAGUGAAGAUGACGACGACGACGACGGCGACGAAUACGACGAUACGUUUGACCCCAACUCGCCUCAAAAAGAGCACACGAACAACAAUUCAUACAGUUGGUGUUUAAUGCGCUUGGCAAUGGUUCAGCUGGUUCAAGUCAACCUCAAGUCCUUCUACCCGAUGGCCGGAUAUGAUCUAUUGGAUCUGCCUGUGGCCUCCCCGCUGUGUCACAGUGUGCUGAAGACAUUGCAGCGCUGGGAGCAGGUGCUGCAAAAAAGACUUGAAAUCUUUGGAGGACCCCCCUCCAAGUACAUUUCCACACACUUCGUGGAGGAAGCCGUCACGCCGGGCCCUGCCCUCCUCCGACACAAGGCCCUAUUUGAACCGUCCAAUACCCCAUUUAGGACAAACCACCAUUCAGCGCUCCCUGUCAAGCGCCUUUGGUUGUUCUUGGUCAAGCAGGACGAGGUGCAGGAUACGUUUAUCCAAAACAUCUUUACCAAGAAACGUGAUACCGGAGAGUUGGUUGAGGACCGGUCUGAUAUGAAAUGUUCAGGGAUGGACGAGACGGGAAACCAUCAGACUGAGUCAGAUCUGGGCUGCCCGGGGGGGAAGGCCCGCAUCAUUCACAAGGAGUCAGACAUCAUCACGGCCUUUGCCAUCAACAAGGCAAAUCGAAAUUGCUUAGUCAUGGCCUCCACACAUGACAUUCAGGAGUUGGAUGUGUCAUCCAUCUUGGCCACACAGAUCUUGACAUGGAUCGAUGAUGAGGAGGUUGAAGCGAAAGGAGUGGGCACGGAUGACUUUCUGGUGGUCCACACACACGAUGACUUUGUCUCCUUGCACGGCACCACGCCAUACACUCGAAGUAGCCCCGGCACGCCCAUCAACAUGCCGUGGUUGGGCGGGCAUCAGACUGGCCGGGGAGCCUCCGUGAUGAUCAAGAGAAAUAUCAACAAUGUGAGAAGAAUGACCUCGCAUCCCACACUGCCAUAUUAUUUGACGGGGGCUCAAGAUGGGAGCGUGAGGAUGUUCGAGUGGGGUCACUCCCAGCAGAUUAUUUGCUUCAGAAGUCCCGGCAACUCCAGAGUCACCAGGAUUCGAUUCAACCAUCAAGGAAAUAAGUUUGGGAUCGUGGAUGCUGACGGCGCUUUGAGCCUCUGGCAGACCAACACGAGCGGGGCCGCUCCGAAACCCUAUUUGACUCUGCAGUGCCACAACAAGACGGCUCACGAUUUUGUCUUUGUGGGAUCGUCGUCCCUCAUUGCCACUGCGGGUCUCUCCACAGACAACCGGAACGUGUGUCUCUGGGACACGCUGGUGACUCCCGUUAACAGUCUCGUACACGCCUUCUGCUGCCACGAGUCAGGCGCCACCGUGCUGCUAAUGGCGCCCAGGCGCCAGCUGCUGAUCACGGGUGGGAGGAAGGGCUGGAUCAGCAUCGUGGAGCUCCCUCACCGACACCAGCGCCAGAGCUUCCAGGCGCACGACUCGCCCAUCAAAGCGCUCGCCGUCGACCCGACUGAGGACUGCUUCAUCAGCGGGUCUGCGGAAGGCAGCCUUAAGGUGUGGAACGUGGCCACGCAGUGUCUGCUGUACCGCUUCCCGAACGAGCACGCCCGCCACUCGCUCUUCCGCAACCUGGGCACGGGCGUCAUGCAGGUGGAGGUGGGGCCGCCCAAUCACGUCUUCUCCUGCGGCGCCGACGGCACCAUGAAGAUGAGGACGCUGCCCAACCGCUUCGGCGCCAGCAACGACGACAGCCGACGGCAUCGCCACGGCAACCUCAAGAACGACGUCAAGUUCGUCUUGUAGACGAGGACUGCGGCGAUUUUUUUUCCCACCGGCGCGACGCACGCGCAAACUCUCAAAGUGGACGCAGGCUUUUGUUUUUUUUUUUUUUCCAGUCGAGAUCGGACGGCCGGCGGGCAGCGCAGGCCGGGAGGUAAGAGCGCCGCAAUCUCCUCCUCGUCGUCGGCUCGCAUUGAUUGUAAACGGACGAUUAAAAAAAAGCAUCCAAGCACACUGGAUACAGUCACGAAAAGCACAUUUGAGCCGCCGUGAACGCCGCUUGGCUCGCGUCAGUCACCGGCGAGGUGAAACCUGCGACCGCUCGACAAAGACCGGAGGAGGUGAAGGCAAGUCUUGGGACGUCGUCGUAUUUCUAUUUGCACAUAACGGUGAAACUGAACGACGAUCGCAAAAUUGGGGGAUGCUGGACAGCCGGGUGGAAUUCCAGCAUGAAUAGAAAGAUGCUCCACAACUUGGAUAAGCGAGCGAAAUUUGACUUUCCGCAACCUUCCGAAUGUCACGUUACGGUUCGAUCUCUCACGAGGAGCUCAAAGUCCAAAUUGACCAAAGGGCUUUGAUACCUGCAAACUUCCGCGAGCGCCUUCGAUGACUUUUCCGAUCUGUCGCGCUACAAGAUAAAAAAUGUCAUCGUCUUGCUAUCAUGAGGUCACAAUGAAACGGACGGCGUCAGUACAUUUUGCAUUUCAACCACGGGAACAUGUCAUGGAUCUAACGCGUGAAUUUUGACGUUCAUUAUUAGCUGCAGACUGUUUAAAAAAAAAAAAAAAAAAUCCACAUUCGGAAGUUUGUAGAAGGUCAAAUGAAGUUCACUUAUCGUGCAUUUUCGGGUCACGCCAGAGCUCAAAAGGCCCGAAAAUGUUUUGUGAGUUGUGUAAAAUGUCAAUAAAGCAGUUGAGAAUCAUGUAAAUAGGAUAUGAUGUACAGCACAUUACAUAUAUAUAUAUAGCGAUUAUUAUAUUCCUGGCCAAUUGUAUGAAGUGUCCUUAAACUUUGACUACUAAUUAGUUGUAGUGGUCUUGAUUCUUCGUCUCAAGUUGCACAAAAUGGACCCUGUAAUUGAAGCGUUGCCCCCACCCGCGUAAGAUGGCCGCACCCCCUUUUUCUAUGCGGGGGGGGGGGGUCGACCGGCGCCACCGCUGCUGCUGUUUCUUCCCAAAUAAGAUGUCUUGUGGGUGAGCAGCUUUUAAAUGUUUCUUUGUACAGAUGUUUUAGUCCCGAAUUUCCUCUCCUAUCUGUGAUUCAUUUGGAAGCUUUCAUGAAUUAAAAGUGAUUCUUUUGUUGUCUUCUCGAA